CCGGGGACGCGCGGGGGAGGGGAGCGGUCACGUGGGCAGGCGGCGGCGCGACUCUCGGCUCUGGGCGCCCAGGGCGGCGGCCUCUGGCGACCCCUGUCCCUGCCCCUUACGGGCAACCACAGCCCCGUGAGCUGCCGUCAGGUCCGCCCUCGCCAGGUGGCCCCGGACGCGCCAGGCUGGGGCCGCCUCUGAGCGCCCCGCGGGGCCAUGGACGUGGAGACAGCGGAGGAGCAGGGGGGCCCUGCGCCCCCGUCAAGUGCACCCUGCGGACCUUGUUCCGCCGGCGCUCCCGCCCUCGGGGGGCGGCGGGAGCCCAAGAAGUACGCAGUGACCGAUGACUACCAGUUGUCCAAGCAGGUGCUGGGCUUGGGUGUGAACGGCAAGGUGCUGGAGUGCUUCCACCGGCGUACUGGCCAGAAGUGUGCCCUGAAGCUCCUGUACGACAGCCCCAAGGCCCGGCAGGAAGUGGACCACCACUGGCAGGCCUCAGGUGGCCCCCACAUCGUGCGCAUCCUGGAUGUUUAUGAGAAUAUGCAUCACAGCAAACGCUGUCUCCUCAUUGUCAUGGAAUGCAUGGAAGGUGGUGAGUUGUUCAGCAGGAUUCAGGAGCGUGGUGACCAGGCUUUCACUGAAAGAGAAGCCGCAGAGAUCAUGCGGGAUAUUGGCACUGCCAUCCAGUUUCUGCACAGCCGGAACAUUGCCCACCGAGAUGUCAAGCCUGAAAACCUGCUCUACACAUCCAAGGACAAAGAUGCAGUGCUGAAGCUCACGGACUUUGGUUUUGCCAAAGAGACCACCCAGAAUGCCCUGCAAACUCCAUGUUACACUCCCUACUAUGUGGCUCCUGAGGUCCUGGGUCCAGAGAAGUAUGACAAGUCAUGUGACAUGUGGUCCCUGGGCGUCAUCAUGUACAUCCUCCUGUGCGGCUUCCCGCCCUUCUACUCCAACACGGGCCAGGCCAUCUCGCCGGGGAUGAAGAGGAGGAUCCGCCUGGGCCAGUAUGGCUUCCCAAGCCCUGAGUGGUCCGAGGUCUCCGAGGAUGCCAAGCAGCUGAUCCGCCUCCUGCUGAAGACAGACCCCACCGAGAGGCUGACCAUCACACAAUUCAUGAACCAUCCCUGGAUCAACCAAUCGAUGGUGGUGCCUCAGACUCCACUCCACACAGCCCGAGUGCUGCAGGAGGACAGAGACCACUGGGAUGAAGUCAAGGAGGAAAUGACCAGUGCCUUGGCAACCAUGCGGGUGGACUAUGACCAGGUGAAGAUCAAGGACCUGAAGACUUCUAACAACCGGCUCCUCAACAAGCGGAGGAAGAAGCAGGCAGGCAGCUCCUCGGGCUCGCAGGGCUGCAACAACCAGUAGCUCCUCUGACCUUGGGGGAGCCAGAGGACACACUGGAGUGGGCUGAAGCCCUGACCUGGAGGGCUCAGGGUCCUGUUUUUUUAACAAAAGAGUUGUUUGUGUUGUGUUGUGAUUUGUCACUUGGAACUUCAGGAUGGGGGAACAUGACCCCAAGUCCUUCAGAAUCGCAUCCCAGGGUCAGGCCCUAGAGAGGGGCCAAAACCUGGGCCCUGGGGAGCCACGUGCUGCAGCUCCAGUGCCUUUGAUCACUGCGGCCUGAAUGCCCUGUGGCUGCAUCCCGCCCAGGGCCUGGCCUUAGAGUUCUAGACCCCUGGGCGUUGUGGUUGGGCUUCCCUCCUUCUGUGAAAACAGCUCCCCGGAGGGUGGGCAGAUGGGCCUGGCCUUGGGAAAGGCAUCCGGCCACUGGUUGUCAUGGCGACCAGGGACAGAGUUGCCAGUCUUGAAUGCUGAGUGAGUGAGCAAGGGAGGGAGGGGGGCAGUUGAGGGUCUGCCUGCCUUCUUGGGGAGGCUGCUCUCCUUGUGCCACUCACCCCUCUUAGACUCCCCCCGACCCCUCCGUUUUUGGUCUCCCUGAAGUGUCAGGGUCAGUCUGCCUGGCUCCCUGGGUGGUCCUGCGCUGUGUUACUGCAGCCCCAUCCCACAGGGCCCUUGGAAGUCUCCUUCCACAGAGUGCCUGAGCCCAGCCAUCCUGUUACGACAACCCCCCCCCCCCCCCCCCCCGCCAGAGUGACCUCUUACCUCAGUGAGGGGUUUGGGGGGGGCAGAUAUUUUUAACCCCAGUGAGGGGUUUGGGGGGGGGUGCAGAUAUUUUUAACCCUUUUUUACUUUGGAAAAUGUCACUGUGACAAAAGCCAGUACAGUUACCCUGCCCCCACCUGCUCAUCGGAUCCCAGGCAGGAAAGCCUGUCCUUAAGAGUUCACCCCCUGCUCUCCUGGUUGACGGCAGGGCUCGUCUCCUGAUGUACUUUUGUGAGAGUGGAUGGCUGGAGGCAGGGCUAAGGGGCUCCCCCUUAAUCCAGGGCCUCUUUCUGUACUUUGGGUCAGACUCGAGGCAGUGGAGGGCUGCUGCUUAGAGGGUCUGGUCCUUUCUUUUUUGCCCGAGUCGGAGCAGACAGGGCCCCUCCCUCGCUGCUCCAGGCUCACCCAGCCUCACACUGCCCAGGGAGCCUCAGGAUGCUGAAUGCCUGAUAUGGGCCUGGCCAGUGCCUGGCCCCCAGCCUGCUUCCUGGUUCCUCACCCUUCUCUCAUUGGCUGGGAAACCCUAGACCAUGUCAGGGAGGAUCGCACUGCUGGGUUUUAUAUCCAGGUAUUAAUAAACAGCAUUUUGGCAUUUU